CUGCAGCUUGACCCUAGUGUGAGAGCACUGAGCAGUCGAGCUAGAAACAGGUUUUCAUUGUGGGGAGGAUUGAGUUUACAGUUGGUACUGUUAUAUAAUUUCGUUUUCGUUGGGUGUUUCGGCGGCGUAUUUCUUCCUCUGUAGUUGAUUCCCAGCCGUUUAAAUCGGAAUGGCCGAACCGAGCGGCAGAUAUCAGCAGCUUCCCAAUGAGGAGGACCCAGAAGACAGUCCACAGGUAGCUGCUGACGCUCCACCCCCGUACAGCAGCGUCACAGGGGACAAUGCUGCCUACUUUGACUACAAGGAAGACGGGGCUUUCCCCAAACCUCCAUCAUACAACGUAGCGACUACGCUUCCUUCCUAUGAUGAAGCAGAAAGAACCAAAGCUGAGACUACUGUUCCCCUGGUAACUGGAAGACAGCAGCAUCAGCACAGGGAUCUCCAGGAGACUUUUGACGAUGUAAUUCGCAGUUCACUGGAGGAUGAAGACUUUGUGACCAGAGAUGACUUUGAAGACGCUGAUCAGCUGAGGAUAGGAAAUGACGGCAUCUUCAUGCUCACUUUUUUCAUGGCAUUCCUGUUCAACUGGAUCGGCUUCUUCCUGUCCUUCUGUCUGACCACUUCAGCAGCCGGCCGCUACGGUGCCAUCUCAGGCUUCGGCCUCUCCCUCAUCAAGUGGAUCCUCAUUGUCAGGUUCUCCACAUACUUCCCUGGUUACUUUGAUGGACAGUACUGGCUGUGGUGGGUGUUCCUGGUGUUGGGCUUUUUGCUCUUCCUUCGAGGAUUCAUUAACUACGCCAGGAUCCGCAAGAUGGCUGACACCUUCUCCACCCUGCCCCGCACCCGAGUCCUCUUCAUUUACUGAGCUCACAAUCCAUCAGUUUCCAUCGUUAUUUGUUUUGCUCCUUUUCAGUGAAAAUUACUGUCUGGCUUUAUCCAAUCAAAAAGGGAGAAAAGAACAUUUCCUUCCCCCUCUGCUUGACAUGAUUUGGACAAUACAUCUAGUGUCCCGUCUUGGUGUAAAAUAGUGACUGGUGAGAAAUCUGUAAAACCCUUCAGUUGUUAGUGGUGAACUGUCAAGUGCUAUUUGCAAUUAUGAAGUGUGUGAUGUAUAAAUGAAUGCCUUAUUUACUGUUGUACUGUCUGUUGGUAGCAGCAGCAUUAACUGUUCUCCUGUUUAACCACCAGGGGGCAGUCUUGUUUGUGUUAUCUUUCACCAGUCUUCUAUCAGAAGAAGUUAUUUGUAUAGAGAGAUGAUUCUCAGCCCAGGGGGCAGUGGGUCAUUUUGGGAUCAUGGAGUGAUUUACGCAGUGUGAAAUAAUAUAUUUCAAGUACCAGUUUAAUGUGCUUGUAAUCCUCUUUGACCAAUGCUUUUUUGUCCUUAGUGUAUAAUUCAGGUAAUAUAAGACUGAGAAGGGAAAAUCAUUAGUUUUUUGUUGGUUAAGGGGCUAAAAAGUUACAUAAUAUGUAUAGAAGAGCAGGGGCCGGUAUUCCCUUAGAUAAUUUUUUUUGCUCAUGUAUUUAGAAAUUGGCCGUGCGUACACACACUGUAAUCAGGAGUGUUGUUUCCUUAUAACUAAUACAUGUAUGUCAGCGAAGACGUAAAGCUGCAGGGAUGUCCAGAACGUUUUGGACAGGCUGGGGACGACUGCUCUGCUCAAGGACACAGUGAUAGUGAUGGAAUAAGCUGCUAGUCGCUGGAUUCAGAUGUGCAAUUAGACAUUUCUGGUUAAAUAAAUGAUUCCGACACCCUAUCUUAGUCACUGGCACCCCGAUGGUCUCCAAUGAAGAACUAAUUAUUGUAUUGCCAGAUGUGAUUUGAAAACCCUUCCCUGUGAAGAGGAAGGAACAUAUUAAUACAGAGCAGAGUUGUUUUCCCCCCCCCUUCUUUAAUGUAACAAUGAAAUAUGUAAAGAGUAAUUCUUUUUAUGUUUACCCUCGUUAUAGUGGAAGUGGAAUGAUUCUUUUUUUUUUAGAAGAAGAAUUUUAAAUAUCUGGCUUGGAAAAUGUUUGGAAUGAAAUUGGAAAAAGUACAUUUUUGUGUUGAACUUUUUAUCAAAUGACAAUAAAAUGGCAGUAAAAAAUAAAAAUAAAUCACAUGAUAUAACAGCC